AUGAUUGCUUCCCUCGGAAAACCGAGAGAAGAGAUUCCGUACGAAAAUCGCAAGAAUUUGGCUCCUGGUUUGAAAGGUUAUUAUGUUCAUAGACUUUUAGUAAACGCUGUAGCAAUGUGGGCUUCACCUCGUUAUGCUUGUUAUAUUUUCAUGAUGUUAGAUGAACUAUAUAAAGCAGAACGUGGAGAGGUGGAAAAGAAACUUCAAGCAAAAGAUGAAGUCAUUGAAUCCAAAGACAAAAGCAUACAGAAAAGAAUACCGCGUUCAGUACCAAAAGGAAAGGAAAAGAGUUAUAAGUAUAUGAUAUAUACUGAAGAGUUGGAGAAAGAAGAAGAUAAAGAUAUGGUUAUGUUACAUUUAGUCAGAAAAAACAACAAGAGCUUUUAUGACUUAGCUAAGAUAUAUAAAUCUGACAGAAACUGGUUCUAUCGUGAAAACUUACCGAUUUCAAUGACACCGAAUGAACAAAUAAAGGAAAUUGUCAAAAAUACUCUUCCUCAAACACACUAUGACAUCAAAGGUUGCACAAUACUUACAUUCAAAGAAGACUUAACAUUACUGAAGGAAAAAAUAACAGAAUAUUUCAAUAACUUCAAAGAGGAAGAAUGA